AUGGCCGCCGCAGCGGGCGACGAGCCGGAGACGACGGUAGAGGUGAAGCUGCGCGCCGUUGGUCCGUCGAGGCCCACCACCAUCCGCCUCCCCCCGCUUAUCUCGGUUGCCGAUCUGCGCCGCAGCGUCGCUCUCGACCGGCGUCUCCCAGAAGACCGCCUCCGCCUGGUCCUCCGGGGGACGACUCUCCCUUGGGGAGACGACACCCAUGUCAACCUCCGCGACGGGGAUAGCCUUAUAGUGGCCGUGGCACCUAAACCACCUGCUAAGCAUCUCCGCGACGAUGAUGAUGACGACUCCGCUGAUGAAGAAGAACUGAAGUUCAAAAUACCUCAAACAACAACUUGGUGGAAGAAAAGAAUUUUCAUAUUUCUUCGAGAAAAACUGAGAUUACCCGAUAUCUUGUUGAUGGCACUAUUUUCUGUCACUAUGAAAGCAUGGAUUAUUAUCACGCUAUGGUUCCUGUUGGCGCCUAUUGCUCGAAAGUAUGAGGUUGGACCUUUAUAUAUACUUGCGACAGGUUUCUUGAUCAUACUUCUUAACCUUGGAAGACGACAACAAGGUGAUGUUAGUGCAUACUCCAUAUUUAAUGAAGACUUCAGGGAGAUUCCAGGAACAUUUAACGCGGAACGCAUAGAUAGAGACCUCCGGGCAGGUCAAUUGUAAGUCCUUAACUGUGUUAUCAGGACUGCAUUUUCGAGAUAUUUGAGUGUGCAAAUCCAGAAAAGCAGAGUUACGCACAGAUAUGCUGGUUUUGUAGCUGACUGAGACCUGAAAAGAAAAGUUGCCUUGCAAGUGGCAAGUGCAAACUGCUUUGGCCGUUA